AUGCUUAUUUGAUUUCUAAAGCAAGUGACAUCAUUUCACUGCGACACCACUAACAACAAACUGCGGCAUUACAGCUGCGACUUUAUAGUGAUCGGUGCGAAGAAACCAGGAUUGGUAUUUUAGAGACACGACAAACAGAAGGUGAUGGCAGACCUUGGACUGAAGGAAGGAGACCGAGUUCUGCUGGUCUGGACCCAGCCAUCUUCUUCCACAGCACUGAAGGAGUUUGCUGAGCGUAUCGGCAAGAUUGUUGGCAACCAGAGUCUGGUGUCUUUGGAAAACAUGGAGAGACUACAACUUGCUUCUCAACAAGCUUCAAGUUACGACUGGGUUCUCUCAGGCCUUAUGACUGACAGCUCACCAAUCCACAGCUCUGAAAUACUGGCAGAGAUCGCCAGAGUGAUGAAACCUGGUGGGAAACUUGUGCUAGAGGAGCCAGUGAUGGGAUCUGAGGAGAAUGGUGUUAGAACCGCUGGGAAGCUGAUGUCAGCUUUGAAACUCUCUGGUUUAGUGUCGGUUUCAGAGGUCAAGACAGAGCCCUUGAGCCCAGAAGCAAUUGCAGCUCUAAAGGAGCGCAAUCAGUUCCAGGGAAACACACUUUCAAGGGUUCGCAUGUCUGCAUCUAAACCCAACUUUGAGGUUGGCUCCUCUACCCAGCUAAAACUCUCCUUUGGCAAGAAAACCACAACAACAGAGAAACCCCCCCUUGAUCCGAGUACUGCUAAAAUGUGGACUCUCUCAGCCAAUGAUAUAGAUGAUGAUGAUGUGGAUUUGGUAGACUCCGAUGCACUUCUGGAUGCUGAUGAUCUGAAGAAGCCUGACCCGUCCUCGCUCAAGGCGCCCUGUGGAGAUGAUUCAAAAAAGAAAAAAAAAGCCUGCAAGAAUUGCACAUGUGGUCUUGCUGAGGAAUUGGAACAGGAAACUAAAACCACUCAGAAAGCCAGCCUGCCUAAAUCAGCCUGUGGAAGUUGUUAUCUGGGUGAUGCCUUCCGAUGUGCCAGCUGUCCGUAUUUAGGCAUGCCUGCCUUCAAACCUGGAGAAAAGGUUUUGCUGGCCAACACUGACAUAGCUGAUGUAUAGAUACUCAUUAUGAGAUAAGACUUCAUUCCGUUCACUCUGGGCUCCGGAUUACCUUUCCAUCUCUGUAAUUAACAGACACGCAGCUCUUAAAUAUGUUAUUAAAAUGAAAGAACUAAUGAUACCCACAGUUAAUACAAUAGAAAACAUUUAUGCACAGUUCAGUUGGAAGUGUCUCAUUCCAUCAGAUUGUUACAUUUUUAAUCUGUCCAAGAGUUUUAAGUAUCCAGAGAGCAACUGAACAGCACUUCACUCAAAUUCAUACUCAAAAUAUAAAUGAAUCUCUAAUGAUGUAUCAAUCCAUCCCACAUCUUUAUUUAGAAACAGAGAAUCUUCACUUUGGGUGUAUGUUUUUUUUUUUUUAAGUAGCUCUGUGUGUAUUUUGCCAUCUGUAUAAUAUAAGGUGAUUGUUUUGAGCUAAAAAAAAAAGCUGUUAAAUAAAAUCUUAAAAGAAUA